GGUCUUUUCAUUGAGACAAUAUACUUUGCCGCGCGGCCUGCUGAGCAGUCGAUGAUGAAUUCCUCUGCGAGUGCGAUUGACAGGGGCAAAGCAGUCCAGAAGGUGGGCGACGGCGAAGAAGAAACCCUAGAAGAGAUUGAGGGCUUUGAUGAUUUCACAAUUGCAUCGACAUGGGAAAGAUUCAUUUCAGAAAUAGAAGGUUUUUGUCGGCUAUGGUUUGUUGACGGUCAUAAAAAUUUAUUGGACAAAGGUGCAGAAUGCUUGGCUUCAAGGAGUAACAUGUACAUGAUCAAAUGCGAGCUGAAACAUGGUGUAAAGUUGUACAUGAUGGAGUACUAUUUUCAGAUACAUGGCAAUGAUAAAGCUGAACAAUGGGAUGAUGAUUUGCAUAGUAUGCAGCUAUCUUUUGGAGUAACUGAGUUCUUGAUUAUAGCACCUAUAAGUGCCAGUGGAGUUGUUCUGGAUGCUCCCGAAUCAAGCAAGCUUUUAAGUGCUGUUGCAAUUGCUUUAUCAAAUUGUGGAAGUAACUGGCCUGCAUUUGUUCCGGUACAUGAUCCUUCUCGAAAGGCAUAUAUCGGGAUUCAGAAUAUGGGUACGACCUUUACUCGAAGGUUUGAUUCUGACAGAAUCGGCAGCCAAGUUCCGGUUAGGCUUUUGCACUUGGAGGGGCUCUACGAGCUAUUUGUCUCAAAAUUUGCCUUAACAGCCGUAGAUUUCUCUACGAAUUGUUUCAGUGUUCGUUCUACAAUGAGACUAACCUACAGAACUCCAUAUGCUGAUGAUGAUGCUGAGAGUCAGGAUCACAUUAACAGAGAAAGAAAAGGAGAUGCAAUUGAGUUUAAUCAUAUUAAGAAACAAUGGGAUGAUGAUUGUCCUUGGGCAGAGUGGUAUUCUUCUGAGGAUCCUAUUAAAGGUAUUACAUUUUUUUCUGCUUGA